UGUUCCUAAAUUACAAUUGCGUUUAUUUUCAUUUUGAAAUUAGGUCAAAGACAAUACGGAACGAAAUGCUUUUAAGAUGCACCAUCCUGUUCGCUAUGUAUUAUGCUCGUCAAAUUGCUGUAGGAAUAGAGACUCAAGAAUAUAUUUUUGGAAAGGACUGUGUCAACUUCGAAGAAGUAAACGAAGAUCGCCAAAUACACCUUGAUUAUCGGGGACAAACAGUUAGUUCAUGUCCCUACAUGUCCUUCCAGGAAAAGGGGAAACAAACCAGUUAUGAAUAUCAAGUUUGUGUUUCACCAACGUGGUUCCAGGAUUUUUUCUGCAGUGUGGAGAUAGUAUUUAAGUCUGGAUAUAAUGGCAAAAAAUUAAAGAGCUUUACUUGUUCCAGUUCGUAUUCAAACUUAACAUUCUGUGCCGACGUUGGUGAUCCACUUUACGUUAAUUUUGAUCCUCAAAAUGGAAAAUCAACACACAGUGUCAGUUUCAGGUUUUUAAUUACUGCCUCAAGGCUUGGUUUCACUGACCUAGUAUUGGGUAGUAUUGGUGGCGCAUUUGCAGGUAUCUUAAUGCUCGCCUUUGUUGUUGCUUUCUUUUGCUGGUGUGUCUGUAUACGAAAACUUACAACGAGUCAAUCUGAACAGACUACAUCAAGUUCUGUCACAACUCAGCCUGCCUGUACGUACAUGUAUGUCACAUCUACUGCACAACCAACUGGAAAUAUCGAUUUAUCCUCGGCAACGACUUAUUCAGCACAAAAUUCAACACUUUAUGGUACUCAACCCUCGUUUCUGUCCUCACAAUCAGUCGAAUGGCAGCAAACACAAAAACAAACGUCCUUUCCCACCUAAAGUUAAAUAACAGUAAAAUCUUGACUGAUUUCAAUGGUUUUUGUUUUUGAAUUACUUCAUUUAAUUUUUUUUGUGUGUAGAACUGUUUGUCUGAGCCUAUUAAGUCGAAGGCAGAAAGUUCGGUUCGAAGGUCGACAAAACGCAUUUUUCCCGAGAACACAGUCAACAAAUAUUUUGUUAUACAGAAUGUAGCUUAUAUUUUAAUAAUUUGAUAUACAUGUACAUGUAUCUUUUACUGUCUUCUGUGAUGUAAACCUCAGGUCCGUCACUGUUAAAGAUCAACGAAUGCAAAAGAAAUUAAGCGCCGUCCAUUGUGUGACAUAAGCGGUCCAACAUCUCAUCGACAAGUGAAACAUAUGGAGAUUAAUAUGCUUAUCCAACAUCUCCCUUAGAGGUCAACCAUCGAUUUUUUUUUAUUUUUGAUUGAUUUAAAAUAUUUUUACGUUUUUUAAUUAGAACUCUAUUAUUUGUAACUGUUACGGAAAGUUUAUUGGAGUAUACGUGUGCAUAAUAAUUACCUUUUACUCGGUGAUAUUAGUUUUUAGUAAUUUUACAUCAUAUAUUAUAUUUUAUUAUUUGUGUUUUAUAAUCAUGAAUAAAGCUAAAAUUUUCUAUUAUGUAAUUGUGUUUUAUCCUUACUGCUAUGAUUCAGUUGACAGUUGAUUUUAAAUCAUAACACCAUCUUCUAUAUGGAAGGAAGAGAGAAAAUAUGUCAAGAUUUCUCUUGAAUGAUAUAUAAGUUGCAGAUUGAUUGCUUUUUGGAAAAAAAAUAUGCGGUGAAUAUAUGCAUCAUCAAUAAAUGUAAUCAAACAACAGUUUCUUUUAAAGGAAAAAACAGAAAAACUAGCUCUUUAAUUAAUUGUAGAGCAAUAUGCUCAACUAAAUAUCUUUAAACAAACACUUCUUAUCUUUUUUGCAGGAUAAUUAAGGGUGCUUCGACACAGAUUCGUUAAUAAUGUUUUCAGAUUUUCUGUAUAAUAUCAUGACUUUAGUCUUAUAUGUUGUCAUAGCAUUAUGCAAAUACAAGGAUAUAUAAUAACAAACUUUUUG